AUGGCCACUCCCUUAUCUACCGAGGACCGCCCUGAAGAGGCUCCCACUGUGACCGCGCCGACACAAGAAUCUCAGCCCGCGCCAAACACCAACACCACACCAGCAUCAACAUCAGCACCAACGUCAGCACCUGUAUCAGCAUCAGCACAAUCGCAGAAAGGACCCGUAGAUGACGAUGAAGACUCAGACUUCGAUGAGCUAGAUGACGUCCUGGACGACUUCAAUAAACCCAAACCUGCCCCACUCGCGGCACCCUCUACUACAACCGACCCCAAUCCCUCAUUAGGAGUAGCACCCCCAGACUUCAACGAAGAUGCUUUCCUCAAGCAACUCGAACAAGACAUGGCGAACAUGAUGGGAUCAGGCGCGGGCGCCGGAAGUGGCCUAGACCCCAACUUCCAAGCAACAGUCGACCAAGGUGCAGAUGUAUUCGCAAAACAGCUUGAAGAGAGUGGGAUCCCACCAGGCGAUUUCCUCAAACAGCUCCUCGCUGAUGUAAUGGCCGAGGAGGGCGGUUCUGAAGCCGGAGCUUCAGCAGAGGCUCUCGCAGCAGCCGCAGCAGCGGUCGGUAUCUCUGAUCCUAGCACUCAGGGCACUGGCAAGACAGCUGCGACUGCAGGCGCAGGCGCAGAGCAACCAGACUCGUUCAACGACGCCAUCAAGCGCACAAUGGGCCGAAUGAAAGAAAGCGGCGAUAAAGCUACUGCCGCGGCAAGUAAUGAAGACGAUAUCUCUGAGGAUAUGCUGGCGCAACUACUUAAGGCUGUUGAGGCGGGCGCAUCGGGUGCUGGUGAAGAUGGAGAUCUGUCGAAGAUGUUCAUGGGCAUGAUGGAGCAGCUAUCUAACAAGGAGAUGCUAUAUGAUCCGAUGAAGGAGUUGGAUAUCAAGUUCGGGCCGUGGAUUGAGAAGAAUAAGGGCAGUGGCAAGGUUUCGGCUGAGGAUAUGGAGCGGUUUGAGACGCAAGCGCGCGUUGUUAAGCAGAUUGUGGCGAAGUUCGAGGAGAAGGGGUACUCGGAUGAUGAUUCUAAGUGUCGAGAGUAUGUGUGGGAGAGGAUGCAGGAGAUGCAAGCGGCUGGAAGCCCGCCCGAGGAACUCGUUUCGAAUCCCCUCAUGGAGGAUCUGGGAGAUAUGGCGGGUGGAGCUGGCGGAGUGCCUGAUUGCCCGCAGCAGUGA